UCUGACACAAGUGCUCCAGUUGGGGCUGACUCUCUGAAGGCCCAAGUUAGAUCCAGUCUGUUCCAGUCCUAGUCCCUCUGCAUGUCUAGGGCCUUAAGCGCGCAGAGUCUGGUGACCAGGUGGGGGGUCUCCUCUCCACCUGUCGAAUGAGCGCUGUCAGCAUUGGGGGGUACCACGGUCUGCGGGUGGGCUCGGCCCUGCUUAGCAUCGUGGCGGGGUGCAUCAUUAUUGGGGUGUCGAGGGAGUGUGAUGCGGAUGCCGUCGGGGGAAUCUUCCUCGGUGCGGGGGGGCUGGGCCUCCUCAUCGCUGUCUUCCCCUUCAUAAGAGCCUGGCUCAACAUUAACAACAUUCUCCCCGCCUUGGGAAACUUCAGAGUGCACCCUAUGCCUGUAAACCCUCCUGGCCCUGAGCAACCAGAGACACUGAAACGAGAAGCGACUCAGAGCCAGCUGAAUCUGGAUCGCUCUAAGAGCCGGAUGGGGACAUUUGUUGAUGCCGGACCGAUGGCUGAGGCCUCCGCAGAUGAGGGGACAUCCUCAGACAUGCCAGACAUCUUGUCCAGACGAAAGUUCAAGCAGACCCUUCCUGAUCCAGACCUCCCGUAAAUUGGUUUUAUAGCAGCCACAUAGCACACCUCUCGUACACGCCUACUCAGAUUUGAGUUCACCCUCAAAUGGAUUUCACAAGUUGGUGAAUCGGAUGUUUACUUACUUCAACAAUACAAUUCAAAAGCUACAUACUGUGCCUUCUCCUAAAUAUCGAGAGGAAUACAUAUUUUCUUCCACAAUGUCUCAUUUUAUUCCAAAUAUUAUUCUCGUGUGUGUAGGACUACUU